AUGUUCCCUCGGCGAAGAAACGGAAAUGCAUGCGGCCAUUUACUUUGUUUGACUGUUUGCUUCAUUUUUCAGUUCCGUGCAAAGGAUAAUGUAUUGUCAUAUGUCUCGAUGUGGUCGCCAACUAGUUCAGAUUUUAAGACUAAUAGACUCACUGCUGAAGAGAAAGAAAAGUUCUUAGACGAGCAUAACAAAUUUCGCGGAAUGGUGAAACCAACUUCGGCCGACAUGGAGUUUAUGGUAAGUGAUAGAGAUAACAUGACAGUAAAGAUUUUAGGGCCAAAUUAAAAUCUUUGCGCUUUCAGGUUUUAACAAGUAAAACACUGAGACGAAAAGCUAUCUGCCUUCGCACUCACGCCUAAAUCUUAGUCUUAGAUCCUUUCCUGUAAACAAACAAGCCAGUUAUCUUCCUCAUUUUGAGAAAGCAGACAUGGGACGACUCAGUAUACCUUUGGGCCAGAAAGCAAGCUAUUGUUAAAGGGUAAUGAUAUAAACAAAUAAAUUGCGCACCGGUGUGUCACUACCAUCACCAACCUGAACUAUAUCAAUAGAUUCUUCAACUUAAAGUAUAGUUUUGACUACGCGAAUAAAGUUGUAGUGAUGACACAAAUUUGAGCACUCGAAAAUAUGUAUAAAGAGCGAAAUGAAAAAAAGAAAAAAGAAAAAAGGGAAACGCAGUUUAGUAAGGCGAAGCGACUCAAGGUCAAGUACUUAGCUCAUAGUUUUCAUAAAAGCAACUUUAAACAGAUUUCCUUUAAAAAAAAAAAAAAAAAAAAAAAAAAAAGAUAACAUAUAUAUGUGAGACUCGGGUUCUGUCAGCGCAAAGGCUUGAAGAAGAAACCCAAGGGUAGAGCAUCUUAGGUUGAACGCCAAUCAAAGUCAGCUUGAGCCCCGUCAUCUCGGAACGUUCACCAUUUAUCAUCUCUGAUAGAACAGAAAUAAAGAAUCCGUUUUGACCAAUGUAAAUUGAAAGGUAAAAGGCUUUCCUUUGUGAAUUACGAACGUCCUUUCCCCUGUGUCUUCAAUUCUGGAAAGAUUGUUUUUGUUUCGCAAUUUUAAUUGGCUGUGGUCAAAGCAAAUUUUGAUCUAGCUGGUAGUAUUUGAUGGACAUAAGGUAUAAAGCCAGUCUGACCAGAACCAGUUCUGUCUGCAAACAGAACAAUGAGCCUUUUCGUGAGAAGCGCAGUCCGACCCUCGAUUCACAGGUUCACGCACUAACAGUCAGGAUGUCGGACUUGGGGUAAGACAGAGAUGGAAAAUAUUUACAAGUGGAAGACACCACACGUAGGAAUAGCUGGUGAUAAUGAUAAAAUCAGAAAAGCUUUUGGGUGAUAAAACUAUCCAUACAAUAUGAUUUGACUGAUAACACAAACUUUUUAAUGACAGGAGUGGGACGACAAUUUGGCCAAUAUGGCUCAAAUGUGGGCGGACAAGUGCAUUUGGGAACACGGGUUUCUGACGUUCGGUAGCCAAUAUCCAUACAGCGUGCCUUUCAAGGGCCAAAUAGGUAAAUUUAUUUCGUACAAUUGUGUACAUUUCGAGGAAGAACUCUUGGUAAAUACACCUUGUACAAUUUGUAAUAAGUCAAGUUCUACGCCGGUAUACGUUCAGGUAUGAAAUUUAUCUGCGACGUAAACCUAAAAACGGGAAAGGAAUUUAAAACUCUCCAAUUAAAACCGAUCAACAUAAAUUGAAUAACUACAAAAGAAAACCAAGACGUUGUGGGGUGGUCACUUCGUUCACAUUAUGAUCUUGAAACUCAAAAUUUCGAAUUGUUGUGAUUUUGUUCGCAGGUCAAAAUCUUGCCCAAGAGUAUGGCAGGCUUUCGAGCCCAGAGGACCGCGUGAAGAGAUGGUACGAAGAAUAUCAAUACUACACAUUUAGCAAGUACACAAGCCCGAUGGGAGCUUCUUGUAAAAAGACACCUUGUGGACAUUACACACAGGUAUUUAAAGCUGCUGCGCAUAUGUAGCUAGUUCACUGGGCAAUUAAAAAGUGUAAAGAAAACGGAAGGCUCCAGUCGACAGUAAAGCGAAGUCAAAAUCUAUCUUUGCUCAAUACUUUGUGCGAUGCAAUCGUUCAAUAAUGAAAAAGUAUGACAUUCUAAAUUAUGAAAAUAAUUAUAAUUAUUGUAAUUAUUAUAAUUAUAUUAUAUUAUUAUUAUUAUAUUAUAUUAUUCUUAUAUUAUAAUAAUUAUUAUAUUAUACUAGAAUUAUUAUUAUGAUUAUUAUUUAUUAUUAUUACAAGCUAAGACAUUUUAAAAAGGUACAAGCUUAAAAAAAGUGAUAUUAAUUUUUCUUAUCAGAUUAUGUGGGCUAAAGCUAUAUACCUUGGAUGUGGAGUAAAUUUCUGUUCAAACUUCAAUGGAGGUAACGGAGGAACAAUAGUGGUGUGCAACUACAACACGUAAGUACAAACCCUUUAUUUUAAUUCUAUACAUAUGUUAGCAUAUGAAGAUUCAUUGUUUUAUUCUUUCCAGGCGAUUGUCAAGCUGUGGUCCAGCUUUAGAGCUUUGGACUCAAGCUAAUAUAAAUUUUUGAUUUUUACUUGAACUUUAGGGGUAACAUUGUAGGUCAAUACCCAUACAAGACUGGGACCCCCUGCACCAAAUGCGCGUCAGGCAAAGGAUGGUGCUACAACAACCUGUGUCGUGAGUAAAUAGAAACCAAUUGAAAUAAACAAAACAUUUUUUUUUCGGCCCAGUACCGUAAGGUGAAAAUGCAAACACGAUAGCAAGACAGCAGCAGGACAAGAAGCAUAAGAAACCAUAAGAUCUACGUAUGAACGCAGAUGUAGGAUUGGACAGCGUAUUCUGUCGGCAGCAUCGAGGCGUUCUUAUCUGCUGCUGCUUCAAUGACUUGCACGAUGGCGAGCGCGCAAUGAGUUGCCUACAGCUUGAAGACUUUUCAAUUUCAUUUCCUUCCCCUCUUUGUCAAGUAGAUAAUUUUUUCCCUAUUUUUCAGCCUUUUCAAAUCAAAAAGUUAAAGCUCUAACUGGGUGCGAUUCGCUCGCUCUUUAGUGGCUCCACAUCACCGACCACCGCAGUCAUUUGGCGUUGUUUCAGUCGGUAAUACGAUCGAAAACUGAUUGCAGUAUGAACAGUACUAACCAUACAUUGGGGUGCUGCGAGUUAUUGAAUAAUUUUGUUGCUGUAACCUUAAUAAUGGUGUGUUUAACCUCUUAGUUCCCAUGAGUGACUGAGACAGAAUUGCUCCUUAAAACAUCAAUACAACAUCAAUCAGAAAAGUGACGAGAAUGAAUUAAAAUACCAGUUUAGUUAUUGGACUAUCAGUUUAUCCAAUAGCAAAUUCUCCGUAUGGAGGAAGAUAAGAAAGAUUACCAAUCAGAUCUUGAGAUCUUACAAACCGUCAGACUGACGAUUCAAUGGCGAGAGAAAGACGCAUUUCUCUACCUUAAAAUAAGAAAUAGUCUUUGUGAAACUUUAUACACUGAAUCUGACGCAAAAAAAGUUAAUUUUAGGAAAUUGUUCUGACUUCGACAAACACUGCGGCAGCUCUUUGACGACAACAAUGUGCUCUUCACACCCAGAGUUAAUGGAGAAGAAUUGUCCUAAACUAUGCAACAUGUGUAGUAAGUAUGAAUUGAGAGCAAUCAAUAAUCUGUCAUUUUGUCUUGCCCACAGUUUUCAAGUACAAAUAAAACUAAAGAAUAAAGGUUUGAAAGUCCGUCAGCUCAAGAGAACUUAGGAAUUUUUCUAAAAUUCGUUGCUCAUUGUAGUCACUAACUCAGUGUAGUGUACUAACUACAGGUAGGAUUAGAAGCCUCAUUUUUGCUUUUCUCCGGUAUGUAAGGUGUAUGUCAUGAAUUCACCAAUCUUUUUAUCCAUUUCUCUUCAGAGUGUCCCUUAAAAUGUCAAAACGGAGGGACAGUAAACAAACAGGACUGCGUUUGUUCUUGCCCCUCCGGGUGGAGGGGUAUGGACUGUUCAGGUAGGCCACUGGAAGUUACUUGCAAGGGAACGAUCUUCACCUUAAGAGGUCUGAGUUCCAGCCUUGAUCGAGUCAUUGUGCUGUUAUCUCCAGCAAGGCACUUUUCUGUUAGUCUCACUCUCCAACUAUGAGUAUAAAUGAGUUACGGGAGGUCAUCUGGAAAACUGACGUAAUGCCGUGGAAUAAUCCAAGGAGGAUUGGGAUCCAAUUCGGUGGGAGAAGUUUUACCCCAAGGAUCCUCAUGACAAGUAUUAAAACAUGGGCCACUUUUAUCAUGUGUAGACUUCACCUCUACUUUAUGACAUAUUAUCGUCUAUUCCAAUCCUUUUUCUAGACAAGGCAUGUGAACCUGGCUUUUAUGGAGAAAAUUGCGAAAGUAAGUCAGCGAAAUGCUUUUUUUAUUCCAUGGAACCUACAACUUGUUCAUUCCAGGCUUAUGCCUUAUAACAAUUUCCUUAACUUGACUUAACCAACUUUCAUUGAAUUUUACUUCGUAUCAGUGUGCACUGAGUAACUAAGCUCUCCAUGAAAUCGUUUCAGAUCGUUGUUACGACAAGGUUGGGACAGAAACCUGCCAAUAUCGACUGAAAGUUGGUCACAAAUGUUCAUCGAAAUACAUGGAGAUAGAUUGUGCUUUAACAUGCGGAUAUUGCGGUGAGGAAUCUGUGGUGACUUAAAGUUGUCCAGCCGGAAUUAUCUAGCCGUUAAUCAAAACUAUAACAAAAUUCUCGAACAUGAUUGGUUAUCACCAGCCCGAUUUAAGCGCUAUUAGGACAGUGUACACGUCAUGCUUGUAAUUGGACGGUGUAAUAGAACAGUUAAAGGGAAAGUCAAGGAGGCUCCAUAGGGUUUUUUGCUCAAUGCUGACGCGCGCGCCAGCGUAUUGUUUUUCUGGAAAUUUUUCAUGUUUUCGCUUUUCUAGUUCACUAAAAGCCAUCAAAAGGUCAAUGAGCAAGGUUCGAACUAUCGUUUGCAAAUAAAGUAAAUAUUAUCAAAAUGAUUUUUGUUACUGAGCUAAGGUUCCACGAAGGGAGGCGCUCGCCAGUGAUAAUUUGGCUUUGCCUUUGAUUUUCUUCAAUUUGCUUCAAUGAAAUCUCUCAAAAUGUUCACAAUUUGUGAAAUUUGUCCUGCCGAUCAUUUAAAAGCCGAAAAGGGUUACAUGGGCAGUUUGCACGCUAUUUGCAAUUUUGUGUUUUCAUCCUCUAUCUCAAAUUUGGUCUUAUGAAUUUUUUUUUAUUAACAGACACUAGGAAGGGCACACAUAUGUUUAACAGUCCAGUAAAUCUUAGGAAAUCUACCAAAAGAAACACGAUAAAUCUUGUUCGAAGAUCUCUAUUUUCUUUGUUCCAUAACAUUACGUAAUGGAAUAGAACUUCGCCAAGAUCUAUGUCUGAGCAUGCGUAAACUUUCGAAUCUGUCGCGUCAUAUGUCGCCUUUUGGUAAUCUUUUGCACGGUGUUUUCUUUUCGGUUAGCCUCUUUUUCAGGCCUAGAAGGCCUAUGAAUAUUACGGGUGCACCUGCUGGAAAGCUUAGAUUCCAUCACAUAAAAACUGUAUUGUGUUAAACUGUUUUUAACACGCCUUUUCAGAUAACAAUUGAGCAAUCGUAUCGAGCCGCCAUGUUUUGUUUUGCAUGUUGUCACUUUUAAAGCUCGCGUUAUGUUCAUACCCGGAUCUCGUGCGGUCAAAAAACCCUGUCCACUUACACAGGCAUGUGUAAGUGGACAGAAAGCGUCAUAUGCGCGCUGUUGUCUCUUUUUUUUGUGAAAACGUAUAAUCGAUGUCUAGUUUCUUUCUCAAAUUCUGUCAUGGUUUUGAUUUAUUGAUAACAGGACUUCGUGUCGUCCAAGCCUGUCUGUAAUCUGUCUGUAAUCACACUCGUGAUUAACAGAUUUUGUUAAUCACUUGUAUGAUUACCGACUGAAUUGGACUUCACUCGGUCCUAUUGCCAUUAUUAAUCAAGUCAAAACCCUACACUACUUGACUUGAUACCCCACAACGGGUAUGGAAUAAAUUAUUUAAAAAUUUAACUCAUACCCCUGAGGGAUUUUUGACUAACAUCAUUAUUGUCUGCAUUAAAUGUGUCUAUUACCUGUUUAACAAAGCUUUAAUUAACUGUGUUUAAAACUUUUUACGUCUUCCUUCUUUGAAAGAAAUAAUAGUACUGCAUAUCUCGCGCUUUAAUUGCAGCUUAAAAUUAAGGCACAAACUAUACGUUGGCCAUGUGCAAAAGCUACAUCGGCUUGCCCCUGAAAUUGUUGAUUUAAAUCAAAUAAUGUAUGACUAUGUGUAAAAGCAAGAGGCAAAAAUAUUAAAAAAAGAACAGAAGUCUACAAUAGAAUUUAUAUUUUACUAAGUAAGAACCGUGCGCGCUGAAGACGCCAUUAAGAAACUAGCGGAUUACUACACAGUGGAAACCUUCUCGUACGACUCUCGGCUAUGUGUCGGGAAUGUAAGGUGUAUAAGGCUCAAAAAAAGGUGACCAAUUACUACACAGCGAAAACCUUCUCGUAAGACUCUCGGCUACGUGUAGUUUGCUUCGGACAAUUUUACUGUGUUACUGAACAAAUCCUCUUGUUCCUGUUUGACAAAGUUAUUGUUCUCGUAUCCAGUCCUUGCAGGUGGCCAAAAUCAAAUUACCGCAACGGUAGCUUCUGUAACAGCUUUGCCAACAACACCUCAACCAGGAUCAGUAACAUCCCACCCAGUAGGUAUGUGUACCCCACGCAAACAUUUUGGUGUGGAGUACAUGGAUAGUGGGCCCAUAGUAAAGGUGUGCCGCUGUUCAAGGUGUAUGAUGUUCAAUUUUCUCGAAAGUGGCGGAGAACAAAACACCGGGUUUAAGAUACAAAAAGCGCGGGAAAGAAACUUACAAAAGUGAAUGUAUGCGAUUCGAUAGAUUAUUUCCCUCUCUUGUUGUUUAUUUACAGUUUCUGCUACCACUCCAAGUUCAGUAACAGUUCCACCCACAUCCAAGCCUCAAGGUAUGCCUGGAAAAAGACCCUAAACUAUUUGGUUGUGUACAAUUAUUCUAAUCAGCUACAGCCGGCUGCACGCAAUCAUUAACAACUGUCAAGACAGAAUUGAUUUCCCUAGCACACGUUUUAUAACAAUUUGGUCCACAACCGUUUCUAAAAAUAUGUAGUUGACCUCAAUGCACCUCUUCGACCGAAUAAGAAUAAAGAGACAGUGACCACAAUUGUCCUUUUUGUUUGGAUUGAGCCGGCUCAAUUUGUUCCAUGGUCUGUCAUUAAGAAUAGAUGUCACAGCUUUCAAUUCUCUCUAGAAAUUCAAUUUGCAUUUGUAGAUUUUUUUUCUUCCUUUUCUCGUUUCACUGACGAUGCUAUAUUCUAAAUUUCUAGCGCUGAAGCCUUAAAAUCAAAAUAACGAUGGCCUCUAUCAACAGUUACAAAGUUAUAAAAGUCAAACAAAAAGGGUGCUUCUUAUGGUCUCGAUACAUUGUCAUAACUGUUUUCUUUUAAACAUUCUUAUUGAACUUAGCUUCAUGACAUCAUCAGAGCCUCUUUAAAAAUUAUAUUUUGUACCUAUUAUUUCUCUAAUAUCAGCCUAAUAUUACAAAUGCUCCUUAAUUUUGGCGCGAAAUUUCAGCGCUAAUUCAUAAUUUCAGGAGGCUCAGAAAUUUUUAAACUUUUGACAAAAACACGCGUAUAGUUGUCACCAAUUUAUUAUACAUUCCUAUUUAACAAAUUUUAAUUUUGAUCACAUAUUUACGAAGUGUGUACAACCGACCAAAAUUCUGGAUGUGAGAGAUGGGCAGCUGUUGGCGAGUGUGAAAAGAACCCGCUGUGGAUGAUAACGAAUUGUUUCAUAAGCUGCAAGCACCAUCAGGCACCAAAAGGUAGAUGAACGCAUGUGAUACUAAAUCAUAUCAAAAACAUUCGGAUUUCCCUUAAGCGAUUUCCUAGAACGGGCUGACUCUUAUGAAGGUAAGAGAAAAAAAACUAAGGCUCGAAUGCGCAUCAUCUAGCUAAUAGCAAGUUAAGGAAGCUUAACAAUCAAUAAAACUAUGAAACAUUACACCUGAACUUCGAUGGAUAGGGGAAUAGAAAUAUCAUUAUCAUGAAGAAGAAGAUAAUUCUAACAAUAAUAAUGAUAAUAACAAUAAUGACAGUAGUGAUAAUAUCAAUACUAAUAAUAAUUAUAAAAUAAUAGUAACAAAGAUGCUAAUUACCAUAAUAGUAAUAAUGAUGAUAAUAAUGAUAAUGAUGAUGAUGGCAUAGACGUUGACACAAUCAAUAGUACUGUUGAGAACUGACAAAAAAACAGUUAUUUUGCUCAGGAAGAAAGCAUGGUGACACUGUGACACAAAAGUGAAAUAACAGUUUGCUCAGCAGACUGUUCCGAUGCAAACCCAAGCUGCCCAAGGUGGGCUUACGCUGGAGAAUGUGAAAACAACAGAGUAUGGAUGCUUAAAAACUGCAGAAAAAGUUGCAAUCAAUGCGGAGGUGAGUUGGCUGAGGCGAGGGUCUAAGAGAGCUGCCCCGAAGAGAAAGGAACUAAAAAGUUACAGGAGACGGGGUUGUAGAGCAUGACCGGCUAGGAGUAGACAGGAUUGCGGAAAUUAAACUGGAUAUGAAUUUAGUUCCUGGUAACAAGUGGCGAUACCGACUGCAGCGUCACCUUCUUAGUUUUAUUGAGAAAAUUCUAAUAAAUUCAGCACCACUAAAUUCCAGAGCCCCUUAAGAGGUGGAGCCAUUCGUGGAAACUCAUAAUUAUAUUUAAAGAUUAAUUACUCGUUAGGUAGUUUAAUUUUUCUGCAAGAUUAAAUACACCCGGCUGUUUUGAUACGUUUACAGAUUGCACAGAUUCUGACCCCAAAUGUCCGUCGUGGGCUUUAUCGAACCAAUGCAGCUCGGGUGAUAAGAUAAACGAAAAAUGCAGGAGAAGUUGUGGCUUAUGCAGAGGUAAAAGGUUUCGAUUCUUUCACGCGUAUGUCUCUUUGCGUAGCGUGGAAAUCUUUCUAUACCAUAAUUUUUUUUACUGUAAAAUUUUUCCUUACUACCACAGUGACUCUCUCCUCACCAUCAGGGAAACCUGGCAGGAUUUUUCAAAGAGGGGUCACACUGUGUCGAACAAAGGACACUCACCAGAUUGUCCUCCACGCCGUGUUUAGCUUAAUUUGACAAAAAAGAAACUUAGGAAGGGCGGGGGGGGUCACGAGCCCUCACAGGGGAAGGGGGUUUUGCAGCAAUACCUCUCGCUACUUAAUUCCUGGAGUACGGCAGGGUGGGGUUCUUAGCUGGUGUGCACAAUUGACCUCUACUUGACUUUAAAUAGUUUUUUAAAAACAUAAUUAGGAUGAAAUUCGAUGAAAACGUGGCACUUGACAGAAUAUACACAAUUUUGAACAUAACAUUCUCCACAGUUUACGACAAACACAAAGAAUGUCCCGCCUGGUCUGCGAUGGACGAAUGUAAAAAAUCCAAUUGGACAUGGAUGGUGGAUCAUUGUCCACGAAGCUGUGAUGUUCCAUGUAAGUGACAGUUCUCUAAUAAAAAAGGUUCAGUUGUUUCGCUUGAGACUUGAAACCUGCUUAACAGACGACAGCAAGGUUUGGCGCCAUCCAAAGAUUUUGCAUCUUUACCUUUCGCCUCUAUCCUACCUGCACUCUAGGCUCUAUUUGUUUUUAAGUACCUUUUGAAAUCGCGUAUCAACCAGUAGGGAGCCACUUGAUUUGUUUUUCAGUUUCAGAAGCCUCGUUUUGUGGUGGAAAAGAAAACGGUAAUUAUCAGGCCCCCACCACGUGCCAAGCAUACAUAGCGUGUUCGUAUGGCGUCACAAGUCACGUGCAGUGUCCAUUUGGAAAGAAAUUUGAUACACUCAAGAGAAUGUGUGUACUAGUGGACCAAGCCGCCUGUACAGUGGUUCUUCCGAGUAAAAAGUCAAAGCCAUUUAUGAUUGUGACGCUGUAAAGAAGAACAUUGACGAAUUGUAUUGUUUAUAUCCGUAAAAAGGCAAACUGCAACUGGUUUUAUAUACGUUUUUAAUCUCUUCUGUAUUUCUAGCGAAGUGAUGAUUUGGCUCCGAACUGUAACUUGGGCUUUUGAUCUGAGAAGUUCAGCUAAAUAUAAGAGCUCGCCAUUUUCAUUUUCAAAUUAUGAUUUAGGACACUUGCUGUAAAUUGCGGAAAACCCUUUCGAGUCUUCUUAAGAAUAGUUUUUAAUUAUACAAUGAAUGAACCUUUAUUCUUCUCCUUGUUUUCGUUAUUAUUAUCAUUAUUGCCAUCAUCAUCAUUAUUAUUAUUAUUAUUAUUAUCGUUAUUAUUAUUAUAAUUAUUUUCAAUUUUAUUUAAAUUGACAUGGACACUUCGCUGUAAAUUUUGCGGAGUUUUAUUUUGGGCGAACUUACUGUUGCGCAAAAUUUUUAUGGAACUCGGUACUCUAAGUCACAUGAUGUGACUAAAAAGAAUUGUUUCUUGGUCUCGUGUAGGUACUUGGUGACCUUUUAACGGGUACCACAAAAACGAUGCUAAAUUUCGUUGAGAAAUAAGAAGAGGUAUAACCAGUUACAUGUAAAUCAAAUAGUGCACAAUUUUUCUGGUUACCAUUCUUGGAACACAAAAGUAUUCGACAGGUAGACAGUAUUGGGGAACAGCGGCAAAAACUGACGAGUUCAUCUUCACACUCCUUGCGCUGUUGACCCAAAGUAAACAUGUAACCUUCCGGGUUAUCUAAAGCCAAAUUUUUGAACAGGUCGACUAAAUAACAACCUAAUGAGCCAGUGUAAAGGCAUAAAUCUAAAAUAAGGAUCCCUGUCUUUUGACAAUAAUAAUUUCAGUCAGACAGAAUCUUGUUAUGUUACCUCGGAGUAGGCAAAGAGAUGCAUUCGGCCAUUUCCUUUGUUUGGUCGUUAGCUUCACUGUACAGUUUCGCACAAAGGACAGUGUAACGUCUCUCGCUAUGAAGUCGCCAAGCAGUCGGGAUUUUAAAACUUGUAGACUUACUGCUGAAGAAAAAGAAAAGUUCCUCGACGAAAAUAACAAAUUUCGCGGAAUGGUGCAACCAACUGCGGCCGAUAUGGAGUUUUUGGUAAGUGAAAAAAAAUGUCAAUAGAGAUUUUAGGGCCAAAUGGAAAUCUUCGCACUUUUAGGGCCGGAUUAUUGAAACGCUGAGACAAAAAACGUUCUGCCUUCGUACUUUCCCGUAAAAGGUUAACUAGGCACACUCCUCUCCACUUGGCAAGCAAGCCAGUUAUCUUCCUUGUUUUCGCGUGGGCAGGAACGGCGUAAUUCAGGAAGUAAGUGUUUAUUUCCAUGUCAGUACUUUCUCUUGGGCCACAAGACUAGCUUGGCUAUUAUAUAAAGGUUUGACCUUAAUUCAAGAGAGUAGUACCACUUAAAAGAUUUGCACUCCAAUGUUAUGACACUCUUUUUAAAUGUAUAGUGUAUGGCAGCACUACUACGAACUUAAAACGCAAUCGUGACUUCAAAUGUAAACAACAAUGAUAAUGCAAAUCUGGGUAGGUGAUUAUAUGAUUCAAAAUCAAAAGUAAAUGUACAUUAAAAAAAAGCAUAUAAUAAGGCGAAUUGAGUCGAGUCUCGAGUCCAGGAAGCUCUAGUGGUUGGAGAAAAAUGCCGGAGCUUGUUUCACACAUGGUCAUACACUAACUGUGAGGGAAUCGGACUCGGGCUAAGACGGAGAUACGAGUAGAUGGCAUUAGGUCCAGGUCCAUUAAUGAGACAGAGAAGAAAGCCUCGGAAUGAGUCGAUUUCACUUCGGUUAUUUGUAGAUAGUCGUACCUAGACCACCCCAUGCAUGUGUUGACAUGAGAGAGAAACUAUCGAAAAUUAGGGUUUGAAAUCAAUGACGGUUACAUGGAUAAAGCACAGAAUAAUUAAAUUCUCAGACUAACCGAACAUUACGAAGCCGUUUUUCUUUGUACAAAUGUAGCCGUUCUAUUACAAACCUUCAUAUGCAUGCGGCGAGGCAUGAGUCAAGUUUUGCUAGAUCCGGAAACGAAUUUUGUUUAAUUGUAUACAUGUUCAUGUCAUGCUCUGCUUUUCGAUUCGCAUAUGGCCCUUUGCUCACGGAAAAUGGAAAAUAUCUGUCCUCUUUCGGUGCGCCUUGUUGAUGUACUGACGAAAAGCGGUGAGAUUGGUUCUUUAAUAUCAAAUUACUUCAGCAAUAAGAAACUGCAUCAGGAAACCGCUAUGCUUCCCACCCCAAGCUAAAAAUAAUUUUAGUGAAAUAAACAUUCCCCGGCCAACGUCCUGAUUUUUCGUCUCUAUUGUAUUAUUUCCUCGUCCACGUACAAUAGCGCGUGAAAUAAAGUCAAUCUAUCAAAUAGUCUUUGAUGAUAGGUGUGGGACGAUAAUCUUGCAAAUAUGGCUCAAAUGUGGGCAGACAAGUGCAUCUGGGACCACGGGUUUGUCAUGUUUGGAAGCCAAUAUCCCUACAGCGUGCCUUUCAAGGGACAAAUAGGUAAAUAUAUUUUGUACAAUUUAGAAGUCAGGCUGUACAUUCAAGUGUAAAGUAUGUUUGCGACGUAAACCCAAAAACAGGAGGAGGUUUAAAUCCAUCGGAACAGAAUUAUCGAUCGAAGGUCAAUACGAAGAAGAAAUGGCGGAAUUGUUUCUCAUCAAAAUAUCCAUGAGUUUUUAUUAUGUAUAUUCCGUGUUCAUGAAGACUGAUGAAUAUUAGCCGUAAUCAAGCGAGGGUUUAGUGGAUCAAUACCAAAAAAAGCUGCUAUAAGGACUCAAUGCCUUGCUGCCUCCCUUUUGAAUUGUUGUUAUUUUGUUCCCAGGUCAAAAUCUUGCUAGGGAGUAUGGAGAGCUUUCAAACCCAGUGGACCGCGUGGUGAGAUGGUACAAUGAACAUAAAUACUGGAUAUUUGGCAAGUACACAAGCCCGAUGGGAGCUUCUUGUAGAAAGCCACCUUGUGGACAUUACACACAGGUAUUUUGGAGCUGCUGCGCAUGUGCAGCUUGUUCACAGGGCAUUUAAAAGUUGUAAAGAAAACUGAAGGUUCCAGUCGACAGCGAUCACUGAUUUAAAAACUUUGUGUUUUAGCCGUGACGGAAAUGAUUAAACCAACAAGCUUUAGGACGCACACAAGGAAGAAAGAUAGAAGUUUGAAAAUAAGUAAGCUAAGAAUUUUAAAAACCAGCGAUAAAAUCUAACAGUAAAGAAGAAAUCAAGCAAAAGCAAAAAGGGACAGAAAUAAACACCAAUCAAAGGACAACUUAAUGAACUGAAGGAGAAGCGCCUAUACGGCCCUACAAACGAAAGUAAAUAACGGACGAUCGAGGGCGCAAACAAAAGCCGGCGGCAGGUAAUCAGUUGAAUGCAUUACAUUUGCUUGUCCCUGUGACUUACUAAGAUGCUAUCAUCUUGUACUAAGAAGGAUAUUUCUAUAGAGGUAUGAAUACAAAAACGUGAUUUAAGUUUCCUUUUCAGCUGGCAUGGGCUCAAGCGAAGCAUCUUGGAUGCGCAGUUAACUUCUGUUCGAGCUUUAACGACGGUUUCGAGGGAACAAUAGUGGCCUGUGACUAUACAACGUAAGCACAAGUCGUUACUUUAUAUUCUUACGUGUGUUAGCGAUAGAAAAUUUCUCUUUUCUUUUUCCGUGCGACUGUGGACCUGGUCCAGCUUUACAACGUUGGUCUCAAGUUAAUGUACACUUUUGCUUUUUACUUGAACUUUAGAGGUAACAUUGGAGGUCAAUACCCAUACAAGGCUGGGACCCCCUGCACCAAAUGCGCAUCUGGUAAAGGAUGGUGCUACAAAAAUCUCUGUCGUAAGUGAAACGAAACCAAUUGAAAUAAACAAACCAUUUUUUAACAAGCCACGGCUGUAACCUUGAUAACAGGGUGUUCAGUGUUACGAUAUAGUAAAAGUCAAACUAACAACUCACAGCAGCUGUAACCUUACUUGUAGUAACAGAGUGUUCAAGGCUACGAUGUGAUUCUAAACCCACACUAACAAUUUACUAGUGAGUCCUGGACGCUCAUCUUACUCCAGACUUAUCAGUGUUUCUGAAUCUUUUUACAAUGGAAUCAAAAUUUAAAAAUAAAUUUUAGGAAAUUGCACUGACUUCGACAAAGAUUGCGGAGGUACUUCUUUGACGGCAGCGAUGUGUUCUUCACACCCAGAAUUAAUGGAGAAGAAGUGUCCUAAACUAUGCAAUAUGUGCAGUGAGUAUGAAUUGAAACCAAAUAUUAAUGUGUAAGUGUGUCUUGUUCUUAAACUCGCUGCUUAGUGUAAUGAACAGGAAGAACUAAAGGCGUAAUUCUUGCUUGUCUCAGGUCUGAAGAUUUUUGUUAAAAACGACGUUAUAAAAGUAAACAAAUCGUUACGUUAUAAAGAAAAAGGCGACUCAGAAGUGAUGUGUGUAUUCAACACGAUGUAGUAAAGAGAGUCGAAAUAAAACUUGUUGCAUACACUCAUUAUUUUCAGUAACCCUCUGGUCCGCUGACUUGAAAACAUCUUUUACUGGAUGCCGUGGAUUAUCGCCAAAUUUUCAAAACUAUUUUAAACACUAAUCAGGAUGCUGAAAUCAUUUUCAAUAUUUUUUAUAUUAUCAACUCAAUAUUGAGAACCUAAAGCGCAAAUCUAUGUGCAGAAAGGCGCUCGCACUGGUAAAAUCUAGCCACAAUCUUAACAAGGUUGUCGUUCUUAUUUCACAACAAAAUUUUAUAUGCAAGUAAUGUUUCACGUGAAAAGCACGUAAAAGGCAUCUGCAAAACACGAGGAAAAGUGUUAUACCCCUUCAGAUAGCGUUUUUACUUGCAUUUAAACAAAAUCUUGAAAUCCACACGUGAAAAACAUGCACCCACGCAUGUGCUUUAGAAUCUCGACAACGAUUUGUGAUUAAUCUGACUGAACAAGAACGAUUCCGAAUUUUAAAUCAGGCCUCUAAGAGGCGCAUGAGUAAUAAAUUUAAUUUUCUCGUAAGGCAUACCCAUAAUUUCCCGGAUCUUUAUAUCGCUUUCUUUUUAGAGUGUCCUUUAAAAUGUCAAAACGGAGGUACAUUAAACGAACAGGGCUGCGUUUGUUCUUGCGCUUCUGGCUGGAGGGGCAUGGACUGUUCAGGUAGGCCACAGGAAUCGGUAACGUGAAGUAGAACAGUCCUAUAAAUCUGAAACUUCGUGUUAGGAAUUGACUGUCUUGGAAAGGCGACAAUAUGCUGCGGAGUUAACCUCCCAUCCGGUAGAAGUAUCAAUACCCCAAGGAGCCUUAUGACAGCCAUUAAAACUAGCGAGCUCCGCCGGUGUGGGCCACUUUGCUUGUGAGAACACCUCGACUGAAUAAUAUAUCAUUGUUUCUUUCAAUCCCUUUUCUAGACAAGGCAUGCGAACCUGGCUAUUAUGGAGAAAACUGUGAAAGUAAGUUAUUGACACGCUUAAUCUUCUUUAUGCCGUAGAUUCUACGACUUGUUCAUUCCACGCUUAUACUAUACAACACUGAGUUUCCUUGAUUUUAUAAACCAAAACGUUCACCUAUUCAUUUACGAGAUCAACUCAAAGUUUCAAAGUAGGAUAAGCAACUAUCAUUGUCCAGAUUUGUUGGCAGUUUCCUGGUGAGAUAUCGAUCUAUCACUGAAAACCUUUCGGUAGGUGAUAAAUGAUACAAAAAGUGCGCUAUUCUUUAAUGGGUGCAUUUUGAAAAUUAUCAAAAUAGUGCGCAGACAAUUCUUUAUCACAUUGUACGUGCAAUAAAUCACCAGGCUCCCCUUGAAAUCGUUUCAGAUCGUUGUUACGACAAGGCUGGGACGGAAACCUGCCAAUACCGUGUGAAAGCUGGUUUUGAUUGUAAACAGAAAUUCAUGGAAAUAGAUUGUGCUUUGACCUGCGGAUAUUGCGGUAAGGAAUCUUAGGUGGCUUUAGGUUGUUCAGUUGCAGUUAUGAAGGUUUUAAUCAGAUCAAGAGCUCACAUGAUAGCGAAAAACGGGUAUGGAAUAUAUAUACCCAUGACGUUAUUCGAACACGAACGCUUGGAAGAGGUUGUGAUUUAACAUGCAUACAUUGCAGUUAGGAAUCUAACGUGGCUUUAAGUUUUUAAUUUUAAAAAAUAUACGUUGUGAGUAGAUCAAAAGAACAUGCUACAUGACUUGACGGUAUAAAACGGAGAUUAAAAAAUUCUCACGUAAUCUUAGACCUCAGGAACUUUUGAUUAGCAUCAUAAAUUUGUUAAUGAUUUUUAUUACUUGUUAAACGGAACCCUUAAGUUGCGCUUAGACGAUUUUUCGUUUUACCUCAUGGAAAUAAAUCCUAGAGCUGAGUGCUGCAUAUCUCACGAUCUGUUUGCCAAAUAGAGUGAAGGCGUAAAUUAUAAGCUGGUUAACAAAAGGCCAUGCGCAAAAGCCAUAAAACCCUAUAAAUUGUUGAUAUCAUCAUUCGGUAUCCCUAUAUCAUGAUCAUGCACUAUUUUCGUGAUGCGCAUUUGAAAAUUGCUUUAUUUGCACAUCAGACAUUUAUGCUGUAUUAUUAUAAUUAUUAUCAUCAUUAUCAAUCGUUUAAUUGAAAAUAUUAUCAGAACGAGAGAAGUUGUGGAAAAGAAAGGCGUACUUUCUAUUAACCUCACUUAAAGCGAAUUAUGAGAUGUAAGUCGUUGCGAUGGAUAUAGUAUGUUGUUCGCGCAUAAAAUGAUGGUGGCUUUUCUUAUUCAGUCCCUGCAGGUGGCCAAGUUACCACAACAGCAGCUCCUGUCACAGCAAUGCCAACAACACCUCAACCCGGAGUAAUUACCUCAAAACCAGUAGGUAAAUGUACUUCGAUCAUAAACAUUUCAGUGUGGUGUAAAUGGGUAAAAGGUUGGUAAUAGAGGUGUACCGCUGUUCGAGGUACAUGGGGUCUAGUUUUCUCAAAGGUUGCGGAGAACAAAAGAAAGGGUAUAAAUUAAUAUAUAGAUUUAGCCAAGCCUAAAAGCAGAGCUCGCACUUUUUUUUUCCCGCACGUCUCAACGCCUUGCCCUGGCCGGGACUAGAGCCGGGUCGUCCGACUCGGAGCCCAGUGCACUGACCACUGAACUACUAGACAAAGCCGUGGCGUUGGCGUGCCUGCGGUACAGUUGACCACGCAUGUUAAAAGUAGCACCUUGUGCGGUCGUACGGUCGUAUGGUCGUACAUCCAUAUUUUUCGGCUUGAUGGGUUACUGCUAUUUUGUAUAGUUAUGGGGCUAUGCAAGCUCCGCUUCAUUUAUUUAAGAAAAAAAAUAAACAUCUGAAACUAAAACUCACGCAACGGACAUAAUUUAUGUCAGAUAUCACUUUCCUCUGCUAUUGUCUAUUCAUAGUUUCUUCCACUGUGACUCCAAAUGCUAUAGCAGUUCUACCCACACCCAAGCCUGGCUAAAAACCCUACAUUCACUGAAUAUGAACAAUUCUUCGAAUCAGCUAUGGCCGGCUGCGAAAAAUUGUUAAAUUAGGUUCCUUUGCAAACGUUCUUUAACACUGUAGUGCACAAUCAUUUCUCAAAAUGUUGCCACCUUUAAUUUAGUUUGGUUUGUUCAGGCACUAGACAGAAUUUUUUUCCCUUGCAAGUGUACUAUAGCAGUGUAGUGCACAUUCAUUGUUACAAAACUUGCUACCUUUGAUCUAGAUUAGUUUGUUCCGUUACACAAAUGAGACGAAAUUGAAAAUAUAAUUUGGGCGUAUGAUUCGAUCCAUAGUCUGUGAUUAGGAAAUAUGUAACACCUCUCAAAUCUAUCGAACAAUAAUUGUGACUUUUUUUUUAAUGACGACUUUUUAAAGGUCAUUCCCUAGCCAUAAUCAUAAUCAAUUGUUCAAAGACUACAAAUUACUAUUUUAUCGUGCUUAUUGGCACCAAAUUGCACUCAGUCAUUUUAGUACUAAUACAUUAAUCAUGGAUCAGCAAAAGUGCGUUAUCUGCCCGGAAUCGUAUGGUUUGUCAAUAACGCUUUUUAAAAUAUUUUUUUCGUACCCAACUGUAUGAUAUCAUACCUCUUCGGAAAGAAAUGAGUCAAUUUACUCUUCAGUACUGUGUUUUCAUGUUUGAUCUUAUAUUUCAUUGAUUCCAAGUGUGUAAAACCGACCAAAAUUCUGGUUGCGAGGGAUGGGCGGCAGUUGGUGAGUGUGAAAAGAACCCGCUGUGGAUGAUACCAAAUUGUUGCGUCAGCUGCCAGCAUCAUCAGGCACCAAAAGGUAGAUGAGUAUAGAAAAUCCUAAAUCAUACCGUAAACAUGCGAAUGUCCCGUAAGCGAUUUGCUAAAUCGGCUAAAUCGGCUAAAAAUCAAUAAUAAAUCAGCUAAAUCGGGUUGAUUCUGAAAGGGGAAGAAAUAAACGAGAGCGCAUCAUCUAGCUGGUAACAAGCUGAGAAGGCUUCACAAUGAAAAUCAAACCAUGAUACAUUAAACCUCAAAGCCCAUCUAUUGGGUAUUUAGAAGAGGAAUAUGACAAUAACGAUGAUGACAAUCAUACUUAUAAUAAUUACUAUUAUAACAAUCAUGAGGAAAUCAUUAAACUGCUGGCAAUCAAGAAAACACCUCUGCUAGGAAUAGCGAACAUUCUCAGAAAGUUAUCAUCAUCGUCAUCAUAACGGUAACAAUAAUUACGAUAGCAAUAAAAAAAAAACAAUAAAAAUGCUCAUAACAAAAAAUACUCGUAAUAAGUACAAUUUGAGGCAGGGAAACAAGCAUAACCAACACUAUUGAUGAAAAAUAGAGGAAACCGUUUUUUUUUGUGCUCAGGAAGAAAAUGAAUAUUGCGACCCUGUAACACCCAUAGGUAAAAUGAUCGUUUCCUCGCAGACUGCACUGAUGCAAAGCCAAGCUGCUCAAGGUGGGCUUACGCUGGAGAAUGUGAAAACAACAGAUUAUGGAUGCUUAAAAACUGCAGAAAAAGCUGCAAUCAAUGUGGAGGUGAGCUGGAUGGAGUGGGGGCCACUCAACGUUACCCCUGCAGAGAAAGAAAUUCAGGGAAAGUUACAGGAGACGAGGGAGAGAGCAUGAUUGGCUAACAGUAGAAAAGAACGCACAAAUUUCAUUGAAGAUGACUCAGGGUUGUGGUAUCGAGUAGCAGUAGCGUCGACUUCCAAAACUGUUUUUUUCUUUUUAUAGCGACCCAAAUGCGUCACUAAAUUCAGAGGACCUAGCUAAGAAGUGAAGCCAUUUAUGAAUAAUAUUCAUAAUAUAUUUUUAAGAUUGAUUAAUUGUUUGGGAGUUUAAUUAUUCUGCAACAAUUUAGUGAAACGUUUUGAAACGUUUACAGAUUGCACAGAUUCUGACCCAAGAUGUCCAUCGUUGGCUUUAUCAAACCAAUGCAACUCAGGUGAAAAGAUACACGAAAAAUGUCGGAGAAGCUGUGGUUUAUGCAAAGGUGAGAGAACUUUCAUUUCUAUUAAGAGCGAUGCGCAAACCCUUUUUUAACUCUACAACUUUCUCAAAUCUCAAAAUGUGUUUUACCACGAUUGGCAGUAAUGUCGCAAUCUAAUUGGUCAAUUUGUCGUUUUCGGCAAGAGUACAGACAACACUGCUCACUUCAACGUGUCUCGUCCUGAGACAAUCGUUCUAUACGACGUCGACACUGUAGUAAAAAACAACAGCGUGGUCUUUAUUCUUAUCGACAACGGUAUUUUUCAUCACAGUGGUCAAAAUUUGCGGCGGACUCAUUCGGCUUCGCCUUGCGAAUCCUCAACAUUUUGACUACUGUGAUGACGAUUACCGUUGUCAAUAAGAGUACAGUACAUGCUAACCAACUGUCGUUUUUUUAACCCUCUCCACCCAGGAAUAUAGAGAAGCAUCCAGUCCAGGGGAAUGGGGGAUGGGGGUUUUGAAGCAACGCAUCUGCUUUUUUCCAAUUAACCUCUACUUGACCUGCCAAUGUAUUGAUAGAACACCCGCGCCAUAUAAACACUUUGAAAACGUGACUUGUUAACAGGAUACAUAGAACGAAUGAGGACCUAAAUAGAUAUAUUUAAAAUAUGAUAUUUUCUUAAGUGUACGACAGACAUAACGAAUGUCCAGCUUGGUCUGCGAUGGACGAAUGUAAAAAAUCCAACUGGACAUGGAUGGUGGAUCAUUGUCCACGAAGCUGUGAUGUUCCAUGUAAGUGACAGUUUUCUUAUCGAAAAAAGCUCUAUUUUAUCAGUUGAGAGAAUAAGACUUGAAACCUAGUUAAAAACGACAUUUGCAGACAAGAAAUCAGCAAUAUUUUGCAUUUUUCCCGCGUUGCAAUGUUUUGAAAUUUUUAGCAAUACCUUGGUACGCUGGGAAAUUGUGGAAAGAAGUGCACAGUAAUCAAUAUCUACCGCAUACCUCAUAACGUAAAUGUUGUGUUGCAUCAAUUAAUCUUCUCAGAUAUUUGUACCUUUCGACUCUUCCUUCCUGCACUCUGAGCUCAAUUUGUUUUUAAUACUUUUUAGAGGAGAAAUGGCUGUAAAUUCUCCACCAAAAUCUGUGAAUUAUCAACCAGUUGGCACCACCUGACUCUUUUUUUCAGUUUCAGAAGCCUCGUUUUGCGGUGCAAAAGAAAACGGUAAUUACCAGGCCCCCACCACGUGCCAAGCAUUCAUAGCUUGUUCGAAUGGCGUUACAAGUCACGUGAAAUGUCCCGCAGGAAAGAAAUUUGACACAGUUAGAAGGAUAUGCGUACUAGUGGAUCAAGCCGCUUGUACAGUGGUCUUUCCAAGUAAAAAGUCGAAGCCAUUUAUGAUAAUGACGCUGUAAAAAAGAACAGAGUUAAACUUCGUUGUUGCCUGUCAAACACGACUUGCACCCGACUAUAUAUACGCGUUGAAACCUUUUUGCGUCGCUAGGGAAAUGAUGAGUGGGCUCCAAGUGGAAAACUUAACCCGCGGUCUAACAAUAAUCGUAAUAACCACAAAGUUCUAACGUAAAGUUCAGCUAAUUAUAAAGGGGGGCUCUGUAUUUUUCCUUUUUGCUUUAGAAUUUUGAGUUUAAAUAGUUAUCAAAACUUAGAGGUAUGGCUUUAAAAGAAGUGUUAUAGUGUAGCGGUCGAGACAUUCGUCAGAGAUAUUCCGCAAUAUCCAAACCUACGUUAACCAGCAAGCCGAAGGUAUAAGUAUGAAACUUACUUGAUUUGAUUCUUGCUACUCACUUUGUAAAACUGUUCGGUUUGGUGAUUAUGGAAGCGAAGCUUAUGCAGUGGAAAGGUCCAUUUAACCAGGGGAAGACGAGAACCUCGAUGGGAAAGCUCUCACUAAGAAACAUAAGAGGAAAAGACAUUUCAAAAAGUUGGUGCCUGUGAGCGGAUAAAAAAAACUCUUUUAAAAAUAGCAGGCUAGAAGUCACUACCAUAACGUUAGUUUAAUAAACCACAAUUUUCGCACCAAAAUCCUCAAACUAAUCACUUAUCACUGUCCCUCCUAAAUGCGACAAUUGAAUGCGCUACUUGCUAGGGAGCUUAUUUACAAAUUUAAAAUGUCCGAGUAAGCGACUGCUCAUCACGCGCGUCACAGUAGUUCCGUUGUCUUCGUACCAUUCACCUACUUAAAGAGGUAAACUGGUAAGUAAGGUAAAGAGGUAAACUGGUAAGUAAGGUAAAGAGGUAAACUGGUAAGUAAGGUAAAGAGGUAAACUGGUAAGUAAGACAUAUGAAAAUUUAAAGCAGAGUAAAAAUAUCUUUUUUAAAAAUUUAAAUUUCAUACGAACAGAGAUCGGUCCAUGCAAAAAGUUACCACACAUCCAUUCAAGUCAUACUAAAAACGACCCCAAUAUUUAUACGUUAUAAGGUAGUUCUUACACAAACUAUUUAUCAAUUAAAAACAAAGAAAAAAAUACUCACAUGUGCCAGCUUUCCGUACGGUGUCCUUUCUCUGUGCUAAAUAAAGACAACUGGUUCUCGAAACCUCCAUUUAGGCUAAGCGACCCAAGAAGUGUUAAGUGUUGGCUACAAAAGUUUAAUGUGAAGAGCAUCAGGUCAGCGGAACUGUGAGCGUUCUCGUGGUUUCAAUCGUUUGUUAAAUCCGAUAGAGCAGAUUGCCUCGUAGCUAGUUAAUGUCAUUGGCUGAAAAGAAGAAUUCAAAGUUACCUUAUGGUUAUCGUGCCAUCCACUGAGACAAUUACACGCACAAGCUGUCUUGAGUACCGCUCUCGACCUGUGGCCUCGGGUGGUAUCCAAGUCCUCGGGUACAAUUUUUUCGCCAUACGGAUCUGUUCCCAAUAAAAACCUUUUCGUCCAUGUAACUCAGCCUCCCAAGUUUCGUCAACAUGUCCAAAAGCAAUAAUUCAAACAAUUUUCACACAAAAAAUUAGGCUAAGAAGGCUUAUUUGCAUGAUCACAAAAGAACAAUCAUCAUCCCCGUCAUGAGAGAAGCCCAUACAGGUAAUUUGAAAAGUAAGAGGUAUGGCAGCUUCCUCAAUCAGAAAGACCUUUUAACAGGUACCAAACAAAGGAACAUAAUACGUACCAGUGGCCGUUUCAAUAAACGAUUGAAAAAACGUCGAGAGCAUAAACAUGAGAUAUAAAAAACGAACAAUUCCGUAAGUAUAAGCACAGUUUACACUACGAACUAAGGACGUAGGACAGCGAGAAACUCAGCUGAGCAAGGGGGAAGGCAACACGUCGUGGUUGUAAAUGAUGUCAUGUGUAUAAAUCUUUGAGAAAGGAGGGCACUCUGAAAACCGUGCGUCUGUUAAAUUUUAAAAUAUUCUUUGGCACGUUUAAAGGAUAUAAAAAAAAACAAUCAGGUAAACUGGAUUGGAAAACGAAACUUUAUAUGAAUUAAACCUAGAACAAACAACAACAACAACGAUUUCAAGAGAACAAACAACCACUGGAUCGAUGUUUCACCUCAAAAAGAGUAACGCACAUGAUAUCUUCAAGCGUCGCUUAAUGCCACUUUAUGUGAUCUUUGGACUUUUGGUGCUCAAUGGAAGAGCCUUGGUUUCAGCAACUGGUAAAAUAAGACCAUCGCAUCAAGAUUUCGCUAUUAGCAAGCUGACCGCGGCGCGAAAAGAAAAAUUUUUGGACGAACACAACAAGUUUCGUGGAAUGGUUGAUCCACCAGCAGCAGAUAUGGAGUACUUGGUAAGUAUUCUUUCUUUUUUCUUAUUUAGGUAAUUGAUGCUCAAGACGUCAACAAGUUCGUCAACGAGUAGUCUUGAAAUGUAACACCUGUUCACAAGGUCACCUUUAAAAUCGCUAGACGUAUGUAUCUCUUUGUUCCGGGUGGAGACCUCCUAAACUUUCAUAAACGUAAUCCGAGCCCUUGUAUAUGUGAUUAUGGGUAACUUCCUUAAGGUGUACAUGGCGUUAAAGAGUGGGCUAUUGUGCAAUAGCUUGAUGUACGUAUGUGAAUGGGUCAAGUGCAUCUUUUUCCCACCAAAUGCGAUACAAUUUCCUCAUUUCGUUACCAUUCGAAAAUAUUCUUUCCUUACAAAGAAAAAGUAAGUGAAAUGUAUGCUAGUGGAGAAGGAUGCUCUACAUUUUUUUGCUUGUAGUUUUGGGACGAGGAUUUAGCUAAUUUGGCCCAGAUGUGGUCCAAUCAAUGUGUGUGGGAUCAUGGAUUUCUCGAAUUUGGUGAUGAGUAUCCUCACCCUGUUUCCUUCAAAGGACAUGUAGGUACGUUUUAAUAACUUCCUCCAGAGUCCAUUCUACAGUUAUGGCCUUGCUAAGAGUUAUCUUAACAUGACAGAGCCGAGAAAUUCGUCGGCAAGAUAACAUAACUUGAAAACCAGAAAAGAUUGUAACAUUACAAGGAAACCUUAAGCCUCACUCCUACUUAAGGGCUUAGCAACUGAGCACACAAUUGUAAAAUAGACAUUUUAAGUGUCACUGGAGAAUUCCGUUCCACUUCCGGAUUAAUUAUCACGAAAAAAAAUGAUGUUAUUGGCUUUACAAUGUUUAUCAUCAGGUUCAUUAAGUGGAAUUUCGGAAACAAGCCUGUGAAUAAACAUCAAGUAGAUUAUCAAAUACUGUUAAGCUUUAAAUUAUUUCCAAUGUAACUAUAAUUAGUCUAGUAGUAAAAGGUAACCCGCGGUUUAAAAUCAGGUCAAAAUCUGGCAAGAGAAUGGGGCACAUUACAAAACCCAGAGGAUCGUGUGACGCAGUGGUACAAGGAGUACGAUUUUUACAAGUAUAGCAAGUUUGCGAGUCCAAUGACAGCUGCACAGUGUUCCAGACAGCCUUGCGGGCAUUACACACAGGUAUUCAUCACAUCAUCAUUUGUUUCCAGCAACUUUUCCAACCAUGAAAACAUAUAUGGCUGUUCCAUGUCAGAGAACUUUUUGAUAAAGUGCUGUAAAACCAAAACCAAUGUAAUGACAAUGACCAAUCACUCGAUAGGAAAAGGUCAAGAGCAGCCAAAGAGAACUCAAAGUGAAAAGGUGCAAACUGCCUAAAUCCGAUUGGUUGAAAAAAAGCGCGUGUUUCUGGACCAAUCACGAGAUGAAGUAAAGCAAAAAAAUAAACAAACAAACAAUCCUGGGUUACCACCGAUACUCAAUUGAAAAGUGAUUGAAAACUUUUUGCAUAUCAAAGCUGUUCGAUCGAAAAUGAUAUUUAGACUUUUUAAAGAAACAUCAUCAAAUUUAUGGAAGAAACAGAGUCGGUGCACGGCAUCAUGCAUAAUUUCUGCAUUUAAUCCCUCUCUUUUUCUCCUCUCAACUCCUACAUUCGACUCCACAGAGAAAACUCUUUGAUCAACCUGAUUGAUUCCCACUAAGUUAAAUGUAUCAGCAAAAGGCUGAUUUUGAUGCGACAGCUCAAUUAUGAUAUUUGAAGGAUCAUUCCUAGCUAUCUGUUAUGCCUAAUGCUUUUAACGAGUCAAAAAUUUUUUUUUUCGUAUUUCAUAAGCUUGCGUGGGCAACAUCAAGAUAUGUAGGAUGUGGAGUAAAUUGGUGUGAUAAAGAAUUUGGCCCACCACAUCCCUGGAUUCCUGGAGAGACAAUCGUUACUUGCGACUAUGGUCCAACGUACGUCACGCAAAUUCUUAUCUUACCACAUAGUGAGAAAUGGUGAAAGGACUGAGUGUGUCCAAUUCGGACUGUUAUCGUGCGAGUGAUUUGCAAAAUCGGACUACCUCGAGGCAGGAAUCCAAUUUGUGAUUUAUGAAUAGGAUUACUGACAGAGGUGGACGAUACGGAGUCUUGUGACCAAUUAGUCAAAAGUAUGACAAACUUUGAGAGACAAACUAGCCAUUGGUUGUACUUUUUCACAACAAAAAAAAGUUAGCUCAGCGAAAUGCGAAACAACAGCGCGCGCACAUGGCGCGUACACUUUACAACUAACUAUAAUUGGUAACUAGUAUUAGUGUUCAAAUCGGGAAAGUGAUAACCAAUCACGUUCGAGAGUUUUGUAAUAGUUUUGAUUAACUAUCAUAUUAACUAGAAAAGUGUUUUUUCACCUUUGUAUGAAAUCAGGAAACACUCAGUGAUACAGUCAAUCUAAAACAAAUUUGACAGCAGAGUUAUCUAGAGAAACUAUUUGUUUUUUAAGACGAAUUAAAAGCAAUUAAAAUUUUCAUUCUUAGAACUUUUAAAAACAUCAUCCAUUAAACUACCCUAAAGUUAAUAGUGAGCAGUCGAAAGCGAAAAGUUUAGUUAAUACUUAAGAUAUUAUUAACAAGAAACUGUCGGAAAAUUAAACUAAAACUGCAAGAACCUGACUGAAGAAACCCCAGAGAAAUCUCUAAACUGAUCAAAGACAGUUUCGACUUUUAAAAUAGACCAUGUAUGUUUGCAAUAUACAUACCAUAAAUUUACCAGUCAUCCAAAGAUCUCACGAUUUUUCCAAGAUCUAAAUCCAAAGAUAUUACUAAGGCGAAUUACAUUAUUCAUGAAACAUCGCCGGUAUAACAACACAUCUAACGCAACCUGUGUUGGUUUCUAUGGCUUUAGGGGUAACAUAAUCGGGCAAUACCCGUACAAGACUGGUGCUCCAUGCAGCAAAUGCUCAUCUGGUAAAGGCUUCUGCUACAAGAACCUGUGUCGUAAGUAAAGACUUCGAGCGUCUCUACUGUUGGACGAGAGGCAUUAUUUGUUGAUAAGCACUAUCCAAAUAGUAAAACAAUAUCUAGAUAUCACGAUAAGGUUAUAAGAACGUGGUUUGACAUCAGUGAGUCCACUGUAGUCCUACCCAUUUCCCGUGGUAGUCUUUGUAAAUAUUUUUACCCAACUGUUGUGCGAUUCAGAUUUCAAUGCAACUCAGGAAUCAUGUGUAAGUCGACUUCGAUUCUCACUUUAGCCUCUUCCUUGCCAAUCUUAGUGUGAGAUUUCAUCAUACACUGGGUUUAUUGUCAAGUGAUACGUUUGCUAUAACCACUCAUGACUUAUUUUGCCUCAGCAACCAUGAAGAAAACAACUUGAACUAACAAAAACUACUGAAGUUUGAUGAUUCAGUGUUAAAGUCUAUUGAAGCAUUUGUUUGUUUUAAAGGGGACUGUGAUAACUUUGACAGCGAAUGUGGUAAAAGCCUCACACAAGCAAUGUGUACUUCCAGUCGUGAAUUAAUGGCUAAGAAAUGCCCAAAGAUGUGCAGCUUGUGCGGUAAGUUGGCUUAAGAGGGUGUUGGGAAGUGGGAAGCCAGAAGCGAAGAGUCAGGCGAGGAAAACUAAGGUAGCCGGAAUAUUUUUCCUUCGUUGUCCGCGAUUUGAUCUGCAUUCUUCAUCUUGCUAACUUUUUAAACGUCUGCUACGUGAACGAUCUUCAGGAUUGAAAGUGUAAGAGCGCUUGUGUCUCGCAAGUAAUAAAUCACAUAUGGAUAGAAACAAAAUCCUUAGCAUCUGGAGGCAGCGGAAAAAGGAUGGAGGGGAUCACUCAAUUCUUUGAGUGCCAGCUUUGCUUUCACCUGUUUUGACUUAAUUUUAAUAAUGCUUUUAGUUAGGUGGAUUAACAGAUACUAAACCGGAAAAAUUUUCUCCUAAAACAUUUCUGUUAUACUUAUAGAGUGCCCACUGAAAUGUCAACAUGGCGGAACAGUGAACCUUCAAAACUGUGUUUGCUCAUGUCCUUCCGGCUGGAAGGGCAUGGACUGUUCAGGUAAAUAACAUAAAGGAACUACACGAUCGUCACCUCUUGACGGAGUACAAAGAGCCUAGGUUAUGACAGUUUUAGAUUACAACUUAUCACUGGGACAAGACCACUAACCUGGCGCAUUUUUUUUUCUGCUUAGGGAAGGUUUGUCCUCCUGGUUUCUACGGUGAAAACUGUGAAAGUAGGUAUCAUUCAAACAAUCAGAGUUUAGAAGCCGGUUAACACAAUGGCUUGAAAAUGAAAAUGAGCUGACAUACGCAGACUCUGUAUUGAGUCCUUCGUUGAUGCAUUCUACUUUUUCCUGUUUGUUUGCUUCGUAGCGAACACCAAGGCACCUGUGGUUUGAUAUCACGUUACUGGGCAUGCGCUUACGCUAGUGACACUGCAUCUUGAAUAGAGGAACAAGAUAAAUUCUCUUGUUACUGAGUUUAACUAAAUGCGGUAAUAAAUCUGUAGAAAGAAUACAUCGAUCUAAAGCGGUAAAAUGUUAAAAAUAAUAAAAUAAAUCUGAAUGAGCUAGUUGACCAAGAACUAUUGAAAAUCCGAACAUAAAAGCUAAAACAAUACAAAAGAACUACAUCAGUAACUAAGUCUCUGAUAGCAAAGUAUUUAACCAUACAUGACUCGAAUGAGCAAUGGAGCUCUAUAGUUCAAAGCUUACGAUGUUUCUCGAAGCUACAAAUUCUACCAUCAACGGGAAUCGAGUUCAUAUUCAAACGUGAACGAAGGUUUAACAAAGCAGCUUUAGGAGUACAUGUAACCUGGCACUUGAUAUGUUCUCUUUCAACUGAUUACUUUAGUCCGCUGUUACGACGCCGUCGGGAAAGACACUUGUGAAUGGCGAGUGAGGAAUGGGCACAACUGUAAAGUACACUAUAUGAUGGUUGAUUGCGCCGCUACAUGUGGAUACUGUGGUAAGGUUUAAAUACAUGCUUGAUUCAUUAUUAAUGCCAACCGAGUAGGCUAAAGGUCCAUCGACUGAACACAAUGUUUGUAAUUUCCCGAGCUAGAAGCCACUGAGAGUAAUACUUAUCCCACUACUAAAAUGCCAAUCUGUAAGAUCUCUUACUCGUUCCCUCACAAACGCUACGUCACCAUUUAACAUAUUUCUUUUAAGGGUCAAUUAAUAUCUAUGAGGGGAAACAGAUAUCUUUCAGGAGAGUGCAGCUAAUUUGAAACGUCUCAUUUGCAAGUUACAGCUCACACGUAAAUGUGUUUUCUUUAGUUUUACUUCGUUUUGUUCAGAGAAAUAAAUAGACUGAGUUACCGAAUACAGAUUAGCUAAGCUUCGAGGCAAAAUGUAGUUCUAAAGUUCAAAUCAUCACUUCAUUUAAGAUUACGAGCAACGGCAGUACAAAGGAAACUAAAGCAGAGAGUACCUUGACAAUACAAACACAACUGCCCAAAAAAAAGCUAAUGCCGAGGCUCUUUCACCACUUAGAGCCAUCGUAUGACCUUUUCUCACUAGAAAUUACCAAAUUGCGUCUGAAAAGUCGUCCACUAUAAUUUCAGAUGACGGCAGCAAAAUCACCACAACACCCGCCCCAGCGACAACAGCCCCGCCACCAACCACAGCGACAACGAGUAAGUGUCUUUUGCACGCUCAUAAACUGAAAUCGAUGGUUUGUCAAGCAGUUGAACAUUAAAUUUUAAUUUUUCAAACAUUGAAGCAAAUAAAUUCCUAACCAUUAGUUGAGAAUAUAAAAAACCACAAAAUAUAAUGAAUUGACGGACUUUGGUGCUUAAGCAUACAAUACACGAGGGAAAUUGCUUAUAGCCAAGAUAAAAGGAAACCAUUCUCUAUCGCAAAAAAAUUGUAAUUUUGGUACUGUACGUGAAACAGAGGACAAAGCUACAUCUUAAUUUCUGAGUGUCAUCAUCUUUUCUGUUAAUUCACAGUAAAUGCUCCAACAGUCACACCUUCAUCUGGGGCACAAGGUAUGCUGAUAGGAUAUCAUUUGGCUUGGAGCUAACAGCUAACUAAUGAUGAUUGUAACAGACCUUCCAUUUAAAACAUACAAAGUAACUGAUAUAAGCAGUCCUCUUGUUUUAUAAAACUUAUUUAAAGUUUGCGUAAUCAAUGGCUUUGGUAUUGGAAUCGGUAACAAAUCCCUUAGCGUUGUCGCGUAGAACUCUAAGAUUACAUUCUGUAACGUUCUGUGCUUCUGCCACUGGUUGAUUCUAUUUGUUCACUUAUUAAUUUGUUUAUCUAUUCGUUAUCUGUUCAUUUUUCCACUAUUCAUUCAUUUAUUUAUCAUCUGGCUAUUAGUUAAUUUCUUUAUUGGCACUCGUGUUAUUUGGCGUUAUCCGCAAAUGUUCGUCUUUUCAGAGUGUCAUACCGAUCUAAAUUCUCAUUGUGAAGUUUGGGCGGGAAGAGGCGAGUGUGAAAAAAACCCGCUGUGGAUGAUACCGAAUUGUUGUGUCAGUUGUAAACAUCAUCAGGCGCCAAAAGGUAUCAGGAUCGAGUCCGAUUAUUACUUCUUAAUGGGGAUAAUACCUUUUUUCAUUUCGUUAUCAUUAUCAUUAUUAUCAUCAUCAUCGUCAUUAUUAAUAUUAUUAUUAUCAUCAUUAUUAUUACUAUCAUCAUCACCAUCACAUCAUCAGUAUCAUCAUCAUCAUCAUCAUCAGUAUCAUCAUCAUCUUCAUCAUCAUCAGUAUCAUCAUCAUCAUCAUCAGUAUCAUCAUCAUCAUAAUUACAAUUAUCAUGUUAAUUGUUAUUAAUUUUAUCAUUGCCUUUAUCAUCCUUAGUGAUAAUGAGAGCAAAUAUAUCCUCUCUUAACUUGCAGUAUCAAUACAACUGUGUGUACGAAAAUCUUGGUGAUAAACGUUUGAAACCGAUUAACGGGCUACCUUAAAAAGUGAUUUAGCACUGGGCAUUGUAAAAUAGUCCUAAAUUAUAAGUCAUCAUCUCAUUGCAGACUGUACUGAUGUUUCUCCAAGCUGUCCUCACUGGGCGUUUACGGGAGAAUGUGAAGUCAAUCGAGCAUGGAUGCUAAAAAACUGCAGAAAAAGUUGCAAUCAAUGCGGAGGUGAGAUAAAUUAGUGAUGAUUAAAGCAAUAAUUCGAUUGUCAAACGAAUAAGGGGGUUAGUUUCUAAAGAAACUGUGGUGCUGCGUCGGUAGGAGGGUAUAACAGGUAAUUUAGAGUUAAUAGCUGAGUUAAAAACGUAAAUUGGCCACCGUAAAAAGUUUGAAGGCUUGACGUUUCGGGCAUUAGCCCUUCGUCACACUGACGAAGGGGCUGACGCUCGAAACGUCAGCCUUCAAACUCUUUACGUUGGCCAAUUUACGUUUUCAAUUCAAUUGUCAGUUGAGUGAGGCGCGGUAAAAGUAUGGUAACAGGGUUUUGGCCACUGAAAACGGAGCCAGUUACCCAAGACAACAACACGAUUUUAACGUCAAAAUAUGUUUGCCAAACAUCCAUCGCACUUCAUUCAACUAAAAAGCGUAGCAACAACAAUGAUAUUACUAGCGCAAAGUUUUUUACAAGUGACACUAUCAAAAAUGCUUUCUACGCUCACCUAAAUUCGACUCAUAAAACACAGAAAGCGUGACGUCAUAAUGAUGUUUACUAGUUUCCCUAUCGACCAUUUAGGGUGCGUACUGUCUGAAAUUUUUUUAUAUCAUUCGCAUUGUAUGAUAAAGAGCCACGGUCUCUCGUAAGUUUUUAAGUUAGCUCUGAAUUGUCUAUACUUUGUUUAGAAGCGUGUGGUACGUGAAUCUUGUUUCGUUAAUCUUUGUGCAACACACUAAACGUGAAAAUUUGGUCGAUCUCCUCGCAACGAUAUUUGCCCCCCCGCCCAUAAAAAAACUGCCAUCGCUUCAUUUAAGAGAGACUAAGAGAUAUUAGUAUAGGCAAUAACAUGAUUUCGAGUGCAAUUUGGUGUUAACAAGCACGAGUACAUUUUUCAAAGAGAACCAGAUUGCACAAGCCACUAGGGGAAGUGUGAGUGAUUUUGACUCAACAGGAUAAAAUUUGAACAAGAUGAAAGCUAUUUAAAAAAAAAAAUGUAAACAAUCAAAUUUAAUGUUACCCGUAUCGAUCUUUAUUUGUCGUUUAGAGCUGGGAGAUUUCAAUGAAAAUAAUCUCUGUUUUCUGUGCUUAAGAUUGUAAAGAUACAGACGCAAAGUGCCCAUCUUGGGCUUUACUAAAACAAUGCAAGUAUGGGGACAGAAUAUUGUGGAUGAACACAAACUGUAGGAAGAGCUGUGGCAUGUGUAAAGGUAAGGCCUCGCUGCAUCAAUGGAUAAAUUUUCAAAUGAAAUUCUUCCGGGAAUUCAAUUGUAUCGAUUACCUCCUAGGUUGAGCAAUGUCUUGUUACUAAUUCAAAUUUUUCGCGACCUAGUUUGUUUUUUUCGCCGUGGUGAUUACUUUGGUUGAAAUCGAGAUGCGACCCCGUGAAGUUGUCAGUGUUUAAUUGUAUAAGGAACAAGACUCGAACUUGAAGUUUUGGUUAAUUUUUUUUCAUAUUUCUACACGCACUAAGAGCCUGAUGCACAAGAUCACCUUCUGCCAAUCUUCGUUUACCCAGCUACUCAAUUCAAACAGAGCUGAGGAUACGAAACGAAAUUUUGUCUCAUUUAAACUCUACGGCUAAGCUUCUGGACUCAAAUUUACGAUUUUUUCUCUGUCCAGGUUAUGACAAACACGAUCAAUGUCCCGCCUGGUCUGCGAUGAACGAAUGUAAAAGAUCCAACUGGACAUGGAUGGUAGAUCACUGUCCACGAAGCUGUGACGUACCUUGUAAGUCAGGGGUAUAUCCACUGAAUGCAGUCAUGUUGCGAACAAACAUCUACCCUAAUUUUAUCGCUUGAUAAGCACGUCACGCAAAAUUUCCCCUGAACCUUCCGCUUAAGAAGCAGGAAUGUUUGUACUGAAUUCUUGCUGGCUGAAGUGCGCCCAGGAGACCAUUUAAUUUUCAUCUCCGCCAUUAAAAAGUGGGUGCAAUUUGAGAUUAAAAAGGAGUAACGUAACCUUUCAUUGGAAUCUAAAAACUCGGUCAGUAGUACAGUUUAUCUAUAAUUUUAACUGGCUUUUUAUAUGGAGAAUUUUUGGGGAUAUAUGGAGCGUUUUUGGGAUGAACCUUAAAAGAAGAACCAUUAGUACUUACAAUACAUGGACGUUCUCGGCAGUUAACGAGAAGCUUGACUACAAAAGAACACUGAAGACUAUUUAUCCUACAAACCCAGUGUAUUUCUUAAUGUCUUUCUUAUUUCAGCCGUCUUUCAGUUUCAGAAGCCUCGUUUUGCGGUGGAAAAGAAAACGGUAAUUAUCAGGCCCCCACCACGUGCCAAGCCUACAUAGCGUGUUCAUAUGGCGUCACAAGUCACGUGCAGUGCCCCGGAGGAAAGAAAUUUGACACUGUAAGGAAAAUGUGUGUGGAGGCAGAUCGAGCCAGCUGUUCUGUAGUUUGCCCGAAAAGUUUU